AUGAAAGAUGGAGAUUAUAUUAACGCCCGUACUUGCAUCCAAGCAAACACCACAAACAAUAUAUGUGGUUCAUUGCCUUCUUCUACGCAAGCUAGGGAUCCGGCAUGGGAAUGGGGUGAACGCAAAGACCCAGAAAAUCCAAAUAUUAUUACCUGUUUGUUAUGUAACAAAUUAAUCCGUGGUGGUGGAAUCACAAGGCUUAAGGAGCAUCUCGUAGGAAAGUCAGGGAAUACUUCACCAUGUCUGAAUGCAACCACUUCUGUUAUCAACAAAGUAAAUCAGUUGUUUGAUGUAAAGAAGACCAAAAAUGCUCAUAGGGCUAACAUUGAUUUAGCGUACCAGCGUACAUUCAACUCUGAUGAAGGCUCUGAUGUUGACACAGAUGUUGGGGAACAAGAAGUUGAAAUUGAUGGCAAUGUUGGCAGUGGUAGUGGUGUUGAUUUACAUGUUCAAAAUCAGACGAAGAGAAAGCGAAUAACCCAAAGUAAUACAAGAGGUCCUAUUGAUUUAUAUAUGAGGACAGAUCACAAGAAAACUCAAAAGGUCACCGCUAAAAGGAACUGUGCAGUGAAAGAGAAGUUAUUAAAGACUGCAUGGAAAUGCAUAUCAUCUUGGAUGACUGAGAAUUCAGUGGCAUUUAACUUUUUGGUGAAUUUUCCUAAAGGUUCAGUAUUUUUGAAGUCUGUGGAUGCCUCAGAUAGAACCAAUGAUGCUGAUUUCAUUCGUAAGCUUGUAAAGGAGGUAAUUGCUGAUGUUGGUGCAGAAAAUGUGGUUCAUUUCAUUACUGAUAAUGGUUCUAACUUCAAAAAGGCAGGGAAGGACUUAAUGCUUGAAUACCCACAUAUAUUUUGGACUCCUUGUGGUGCUCAUUGUGUUCAGUUGAUGCUAGAAGAACUUGGUUCCAAGCUUCCAAGAAUCAAGACAGCCGUCAUACUAGGUAAGAGACUAGUUACAUAUAUUUAUGCUCAUUUUCAAGUAUUGAGAUUAAUGAGGGAGUUGACUGGUGCAGACUUACAUAGGUCUACAAAAACUAGAUUUGCAACUCAAUAUUACACACUAGAGAGUCUUCAAAAGUAUAAAACUCCUCUGCAAAUGGUGUUUGUGAAUGAUAGGUGGGUAAAAACUAGGUUUGCAAGAGAAAAUGUGGGAGUAAAUGCACUUAAAAUUGUUACAAGUAUCAAAUUUUGGGAAGAUGUUGAUUACUCUUGUAGGGUGCUAAAGCCUUUAGUUAAGGUAGUAAGAUUAGUGGAUAUCGAACGCAAACCUACAAUGCCUUCUUUUUAUGAGGCAAUGAGAAUAGCAAGGAAUCAACUUGAGAAGAAUUUGGGUGAAGAUAAUGAUACUUGGGUUAUAGUUAAGGCUGUUUUUGAUAAGAGAUGGAAGAAUAACUUUAAUCAUCCUCUACAUUGUGCGGCUUAUUAUCUAAAUCCUUCCAUAUUCUAUAAGAUUCCUGCUCGUUUGAUGGAUCAUGGUCCAAAGUACAUAGAAAUCAAAAGGGGACUUCAUACAGCUAUGGAAAAGCUUAUAACCAAUGAAGAUGAACUUGAGAUGGCAAUAACUGAAUUGAGAAUGUACAUCGAUGUUUAUGGAAUCCUAGGAAAUGAUUGGUGGAUUACAUAUGGAGGAAUCGAUGUCCCAAACCUACAAAAAUUUGCAAUCAGGGUAUUGAGUCUUACUUCUCCUGCUUCCCCAUGUGAGCGAAACUGGAGCACAUUUCAAAAUUUGCACACCAAGAAGCGGAAUCGCAUAAAACAACAAAAAUCGAAUGAUAGUGUAUUUAUCCAAUAUAACAAAAAAUUGCAGCGUCGUUAUAAAGAAAUUGCAGAAUAUAAUGAUGAUGGGAAAGCUCGUGACCCUAUUUUUCUUGAUGAGCAUGAUGAAAAUGAUGAAUGGUUGGAUCCACAGAACUUACAUGACUUGGCUGUAGAAGGUGAUAAUGUGACUUUGGAUGAUUUGCAAGAUAUUCUUGGCGAAGAAAGUCGUCCAGUUGAUAGUAGAGGUGCAUGUAGCUCUCGAAGCAAGUCUACUUACCCAACCGAUUCUGAAUAUGAUGGCUAUGAUACUGAUCAUUGA